AUUCCCCUGAAAAAUUCCCCCCCUCCUUCUUUUUCAGUGUUCUUCGAAUUCGAAUCCCCACCAUCACCAUCUUAGAGAGAGAGAGAGAGAGAAUGGAAAAGGAGGCCAUGGAAGCUGUUCUGUUACUAUUCUUAUCUGCAGUGUUAGUAAACUCAAACUCCCAAGAACAACCUUUCGACGUUCGUCAACAUCUCUCUACUGUGACGAGGUAUGGUGCUGUGAAAGACAUAUCUGACAAUUCGUUUGUACCUUCUAACAUUGCAGACCAAUGUACUCCUAUUCAUUUAAAUCUUGUGGCAAGGCAUGGAACUCGUGCUCCUACCAAGAAAAGAAUAAAAGAGUUGGACAAUUUGGCCAUUCGUCUGGAAGUACUUCUGCAAGAUGCAAAAGAGCAGAAGUUGGAUUUGCAAAAAGUUCCUGCCUGGUUUUGGGGUUGGAAAUCUCCUUGGAAAGGGAAGCUCAGGGGUGGAGAAUUAAUUGGUGAAGGAGAAGAUGAACUAUAUCAACUUGCAAUCAGAAUCAGAGAAAAGUUUUCACAACUGUUUAAUGAGGAUUACCACCCAGACAUUUAUGCAAUAAAGGCAACCCAGAUUCCUCGGGCAUCAGCUAGUGCUGUGGCAUUUGGUAUGGGUCUGUUUAGUGGGAGAGGAAACCUUGGACCCGGGCAUCAUCGAGCUUUUGCAGUAACCAGUGAAAGCCGUGCAAGUGAUAGAUGGCUGAGAUUCCAUGAUUGUUGUCAGAACUACAAGGCCUUUAGGAAAAGUCAGGAGCCUGCUGUUCAAAAGCUUAAGGAACCUAUCUUGGAUGAAAUUACCCAUGCAUUAGUGAGGCGUUACAAGCUGAAUUUUACUAGACAAGAUACGUCUUCUCUCUGGUUUUUGUGCAAAGAGGAAGCAUCUUUAUUGAAUAUAACUGACCGAGCUUGUGCUUCGUUCACUCCAUCUGAGGUUGCUUUGCUGGAGUGGACUGAUGAUUUGGGACUGUUCAUAUUAAAGGGUUAUGGUAAUGCGUUAAACUACAGGAUGGGAGUGCCAUUGCUUGAAGAUGUUGUUCAGUCCAUGGAACAAGCUAUUAAAGCCAAGGACGAAGAACAUGCUCCUGGCAGUUACGAAAAGGCUAGACUGCGAUUCGCUCAUGCAGAGACUCUGGUUCCAUUCUCAUGUCUGCUUGGGCUCUUUCUUGAAGGAUCUGAGUUUGAAAAAAUACAGAAGGAACAGCCUUUGCAACUCCCUCCAAAGCCUCCUCAUAGAAGAAAUUGGAGAGGCAGUACGGUGGCGGCUUUUGCUGGGAAUAAUAUGCUGGCACUUUAUAGUUGUCCGGACAAGUCUUCAAGCAAGUACUUUGUUCAAGUUCUACAUAAUGAACGUCCUGUUCCAAUGCCAGGUUGUGAUAAUUCCGAUUUCUGUCCAUUUGAAGUUUUCAAGGAAAGAAUAGUUGCUCCUCAUCUAAAGCAUGACUACAACACGAUCUGUAAUUUGAAGUCAGAACAACAAGAGCAGAUCCCUUUCACCAGUAAGUUGUCACAAAUGUUUCGUUGGCUCUUCUCGCAAAGGAGCAAUGAUGACACACGGUCUGCCAAAGCAGAGCUAUAGCUUGUUUUUCAAAAAACAGACACAUAACUCUUACAUCCUUUUUUCCUUGUGGCAUUGCUUCUUAGCUUGAUUUUCAGAUGUAGGCACGGGUGCCAUUUUCUUACAAGCCUAUAUAGGUCAUACAACUGGUUCACUUAGAGAUUUGAUCUCAAAGUUCUAGCUGUUAGGGCAUCUGAUAUGAUAUAUUUAUAUACCAUUCAAGUGCUUGUUCUUGUGUGUUUUGAGGGACCUGGAAGUUGUGAAUUUUGUAGCCACAUUGCCCAGGGACUUAAAUUUUAAGUAGCCUUUAAUUCAGAUAUCCAAUUAUCGGAUUA